AUGGAAGAAGACAGUGAAGAUGACCCUCAUGGUCAUAUCACAUCUCUUGCUGUGAAACGCUCCCAUAGGAGAUUGGGUUUAGCUCAAAAAUUGAUGGACCAAGCAUCUAGAUCGAUGGUAGAAUGCUUCAACGCAAAGUAUGUAUCCCUUCAUGUGCGCAAGAGCAACAGGGCAGCACUGAAUUUAUAUACAAACACACUUAAAUUCACGAUGACCCUGGGCUCCAUGUUGUCCACUACACACUGGGACCUGGAGGCUGUUUUGAAGGGGCUGAAGAGACAGGGUCGUGAUGUUUAA